AUAACUACAAGUAAAUCACUUGCCAAAUGGAAACAUUUUCCAGAUAUAUUCCCAGAUAUCUCUCAAAACUACUUUUGCAAUGUAACUCAAAUAAACAGCUGGCUUGAGAUAGACGUCUGUCAUCACUUUUAUCAACAAAUACUGUUUGUUAUAACUUGAAGCAAGCAAACUACAGGAAUGUAAAUAUUGCCCAUCCUUCUAUGCAGCAUAUAAUUAAACAGGGAAAACCAAGUCAACUGUUUCUGGAAAUUCAGUUUUCACGAAGAUUUAUCAGUGGUGAUAAGAACAGUCCAGUAGAUAUGUCCAACUAUGUGUUUGGUCAUGAUAGAACAGAACAAUAUUUCUACAUAAGAUUAAAAGAUCCAUCAGGAGAGUGUGAGAGUUUAGCCAUCCUUCAAUACUCCUGGGUUAAACCUGGACACGUAGAUCUAUAUCACACUGAAGUACCUACAGAUUUACAAAGACAAGGAAUAGCUAAACACCUAGUUUUGGCUGGCUUGUAUACUUUCAGUAUGGAGAACAUGGUAAUAAGGCCUUCAUGUACCUACGUACAAAAAGUUUUGAGAGAAAAUCCUCUUCCUCUCUAUAUUAACCAUCUUGAUAAAGGAUAAAUGAAAUUUUGAACAC